AUGAAAGCAGAAGAAGUCGGAUUUGUUGUUAAGAGGGACAGCAAAAAGAAACCUGAGAGUAAGCCGAGCACUGUGAUGGCCAAAGACGAUAUCCUUAAUGCAAGCUCUGACUUUUCUGCAAUCAGGCAUGCGCCAAAACCAUCAUAUCCAUCCGUUCAAUGUGAUCCUCUUGUGCCAUCAAAAGAAACAGGUGACCACGCGAGAUACGAUCAUCGGAUUGAUUCAAGAGUAGCACGAAUUGGCACUUCAAACACUAUGGGCUUGGCAAGCACUGUAAAAAAAGCCACACCCAAAAUUGGACGUCCGACAACUCAAAGACCAUCUUUCAAAAUAGAUAUCAAGAGGGAAGAUUCAAUCGAAACGCAUAUCGGAGGUAGAUGCGAUGAUGGGAGUAGAAAUAGAAAGCAUGUUGACGAAUUUUCUGGGAUGUUAUCGAAUGUAUCAUCGAAUGGAUUGGCAAAGAAUUCACAACCUAUGGAUGCAAUCUUUGCCGUUAUGAACACACCUACAAGAGCGUCUUCGAAAACUGAUACGAGCGACUAUUGGGCCUCUUUGCCAAAUGAUGCUUCUCCUCAUCCUUCUUCCAAUGCAAACAUCAGGAGACCACAACAGGCAGCAAUGCCUGCAAAGCCUGCAGCAACAAAUGUCAAAACGGAUUUUGGAAAACAGACCACUCCGACACAAGCACUUUCCACAUCCAAAAGUUAUGAAAACAGGCAAAAUCAAAUUGAUGUGCAACAAAUUGGUCCUUACAAGAAGCCAGAACAGGUCUAUCGUCCUAAAGUUUGCCUCUCGACCUUCAUUGAGAUGUUUUCUUUGAAAAGCGCGGUAACUGAAUUGCAAUCGGAAGAUAAGUUGGAAGAGCCAUUUAAGGAAUUGGAAAGAUAUAACAGGUGGGACAUGUAUCGCCAUAAAGAGCUGGAAAAUCCGCGAAACCAUUGUUAUAUGAACAGCGUACUUCAGGUGAUUUGCUCGCGUCCGAUCUUUGCUGAGCACACGUUACUAGCGUACAAUGCAAUCACUGGGUACUCAAAGUUAACUUUGACGGAAAUUUUUAGUGUUUUGGUGGAUGUAUGUAAACGGCUUCCUCUCUCGCCCUCUCAAGCGAGAAAACUUGGCUUGCAAGAACACUAUGACGUUAAAUCGCUCAAUAAUUUGCUACGAUACCUUGGGGAGCAUUACUGCCAGCAAUUCUUGGAGAACGAUUGUCAAAAUCAGCAGGAUGCUCAAGAGUUUUUCGGAUGCCUUAUUGAUUCAUUGGAUGAUCAAUGUGAGGGAAAACGACCAGAGAGACGUUCCAUUGCUACGCCGCUUGACUUGAUUGCUUUACAAAAAGGCAAUGAACACUAUGUAACUCCACAUCGAACCCAAAAUUCCGUAGACCCAAACGUUGAAGUUACGAAGAUUGAAACGACAUUGGCGGGCCAAGAAAAUGAAACCAUUGACGAGGAAAUCUAUGAGCAAAACGAAAAGCAAGACCACAUAGAGAAUUUUGGCCACAUAGAGAAUUGUGGUAACAAGGAAAACAAGAAACCAUCUGCUUUGAGUCACGGCGCAUCGAGGAUUAGGCUGGAAAAAAGGCAAAGCACGGGUGCAUUGGUGCUUCCAUCGACUCACAAUCCUGCACGUCUAUUUCGAGUUCCAGUGUUUUAUGAAAGAACUUGUGACGUGUGCAAGAAUCUAUCAAGACGUGAGGACAAGAGUAAUUUGAUUCAAGUGUCAUUGGAUUCGAGCUCAAACGAAGCAAAUCGGCAAAUCAAGUUUGUGAUUGACGAAGAGGUGCCGACAAUUCAAUUCUUGUUGGAUCUCACCUUUACGGAUGAACAACUUGAAGUUACUUGCGAGAAGUGCUCAGGGAAAACGGCGACAAACCAUUUACGUCUUGAAGGAAAAACUUUGCCUCCAUACUUAAUGAUCAUGGUGAUGCGCUACUCUCAUACUACUGGAAGGCCAACCCGCUUGUCACAUCAAAUACAUAUUGACGAGGAGAUUACUGUGGCGUCGUACUUGCUCGACGGUUUCAAGUCAAAAUCUAAAGUGGCCAUAUAUGAGCAAAAUCUUGAGAAUUCGUCGGAGAUUGUACUAUCUUCCCCAAUCACUAAAGUGUUACGCUCAAGAAACAAGAAGGAUCGUUUUCCAAACAUUCCUGAAACUCAAAAAAGCGAAGACCUUUUCGAAACAAGCGAAGAUCUUUUCGAAACAACGAGUGGUGACGAAAUAUCUCAACAAAGAGGGGGUGGUCAACGCGCGGCGAGUAAAGCUCUGAACGAUUUCCCAAUCGAAGAAGAAGAUCAAGAAACGUACGAGCCUUUGGUUGUUGAGGAAGUUGAUCAGGAAGAUUCCAAGGAAGACACAUUGAAAAAACAAAAACUGAACUUGAACGAAGAUGAUUUUGGAAGUGAACCUGGCACGAAACGACGGCGAAACGAAAGAAAAGUGAUUAGUGAUUUUUGCCAACCGAACACCGAUUGGUUGCGCGAAGAGUGGCGGCUUCGCACAUAUCCAGAAAGCGACAAAGUAAAACAGCUACAUGCGAGCUUCGGACCGUACGUGUAUCGUACACCCCCUCCGAGUUACUUCACGACGAUGAGAAAAGUGUUUAAUCUCAGAGAUCGAACUUUACUUCAACCAACUUCCUUUGGCGGGGUCAGAAACUUCGGAAAGAACGAUACGCUAACAAGAGAUAAAUCAAUCGGAGGUGACGGGAAUUGCUUAUUCAGGUGUUUUUCUUGGUGGCUCACUGGGAGCGAAAAUGAGCACCUUAAAAUUCGUGAAUUGAUUUGCACUUUUAUGUGGACCUAUCGAGAAAAAUUUGAGCAGCAUUUGAAGGACGAAGAAGAUAUCGACUCACACAUUAGUACGAUGUCUCGGGAAGGCGAAUGGGGGACUGAUGUGGAAUUAUGCGCGGCAGCAACUCUCUUCACUGUCACCAUCUAUACUCUUCUUGAAGCAAAAUGGCAACUUUUCCGCCCGCUAUUUCGCUGGUCCCAAGAAAGUGCUUUCACGGAGGCAAUUUCAAUCCACGAGAAACCACUUCAUGCGCUCUACCUCAAGAAUCGAGAUUACCACUACGAUGUCGUUUUAGAAGUUCUGCCUAAAUACCACCGCAAAGUUUCGUAUAACCUUGCCGGCGUCGUUAAUCAUUCGGGCCAAUCACUGCAUGGAGGGCACUACACCGCACUCGUGAAACAACUUCUCGAUCAGGAAGAUGGUUCACUGAAAGAAGGAUGGCUGAACUGUGAUGACGCGUUAAUAACUGAACGAAGGGAUAUCAACGAGGCUCUCGAGAGAUCCGAUGCGUGCAAGAAAGCCUACUUGUUACUGUAUCGACGAAACGAUAUUUCUGAAACCGAAGCGAACCAUCUCGCCCGACAUCUUCAAGAAAAGGACUACGUCAAAUCU